AGCCAGUGCUGCUCUGCCUUUAGAGACCUACACUCGACUCGACGAGCUCAGCAUGAACAUCCCGACAGCCGCCAUCGACCCGCAGUCGUACCCCGACCUCUCGCUUCCUUCGAGUCUCCGCAUCGCCUUUAUUCAUCCAGACCUCGGCCUAGGAGGAGCCGAGCGCUUGAUCGUCGAUGCGGCGGUCGCGCUCCAGAAGCGCGGGCACGAGGUGACCGUGUUCACGAGCUACCACGAGCCGGGCAAGGAGGGGAGGAGCUUUGACGAGACGAGGGACGGCACGCUGCAGGUGCACGUCCUCGGCAACUGGCUGUUCCCUCGGUCGGUCCUCGGCCGGUUCACCAUCGUGUGCGCCAUGCUCCGCCAACUCCACCUCGUCGCGUCGUUCCUCCUCGCCUGCCUCCUCCACCACCUCUCGUCCCUCCCCCUCCUCUCCCUCUUCGUCCUCCCGCUCGAGACCGCCUUCGCCUCGUCGCACGACUGGUCGCCCCGGCGACAAAUCGAGCCGUUCGACGUCAUCGUCGUCGACCAACUGAGCACGGCCGUCCCGCUCCUGCGCUGGUUCGGCCAGAACCGCGUCGUCUUCUAUUGCCACUUCCCCGACCUCCUCCUGUCGCCGUCGGCCUCGUCGCGCAACCUGCCCACCCUCCCUCGCGACCCACGCGCCGGCACGCCCUUCUCGUUCGCCGGCGAGAUCCGCAAGACGUACCGCGCGCCGAUCGACGCCGUCGAAAUGGCGACGACGGGCGAGGCCGACAAGAUCCUCGUCAAUUCCGAGUUCACGGCGAGCGUGUUUGAGCGCACGUUUGCCCAGCUCAGGAGGAGGCCUCGAGUCGUGUACCCGGCGGUCAACCUCGACAAGGCGGCGAGCAGAGACGGUCGUCGGCGAGAAGGACAAGUGGCUCGUGCUCGCAGCGACCAGCCGAUGCUCCUGUCGAUCAACCGGUUCGAGGGCAAGAAGGACCUCGCGCUCGCCCUCGAGGCGUUCGCCCAGGUCCGCUCGUCGGCCGCCCACCCCUCGCUCCGCCUCGUCCUCGCAGGCGGCUACGACCCUCGCCUCGCCGACAACGUGCGCACCCUGUCGCAGCUGCAGCAGCUCGCCGGCCGCCUCGGCCUCAGCUCGCACGCCUACGCCGCCGGCGGCGCCCUCCCCGACCGCGCGCCCGACGUCGUGUUCCUGCUCAACAUCUCGGCGGCGCAGAAAGCGCUCCUGCUCGACUCGCGCCGCAGCGGCGCCGUCGCGCUCCUGUACACGCCCAUGUACGAGCACUUUGGGAUCGUGCCCCUCGAGGGCAUGGCGGCGGGCCUGCCCGGCGUCGCGACGCAGACGGGCGGGCCGACCGAGACGGUCGUCGACCGCGGACUCGACGACGACGAGACGACGGGCCUGCUCCGCCCGAGGGACGCGGCCGCGUGGGCCGACGCCGUCUCGUCGCUGCUCGCGCUCGACGACGCCCGGCGCGCCCAGGUCGGCGCGGCCGGGCAGCGCCGCGUGCGGACCUACUUUUCGACAGAGCGGCUCGGCGCCGACUUUGAGCUCGCGUGCGUCGACGCGGCCAAGAUCGGCAUGCCCAUCCCGCACGAGGUCGGGUUCAAGAAGAUGCUCGCCUUUUUCGGCAUCGGCAGCGUGUGCUUGGCGGCGGCCGUCGUCGCCUUCGUCGUCGGGAGGCUGUGAGCCUUCCUUCUGCAACGCCGGUCUCGUCACAGUG